UAAAGCCUCGGAAUAUGGCGCCCAAACUCCAGGUUUGGGCAUUUACGCUGGCCCAUGCUUGCGUUCGUCAGAGACUAUUUCAUGAAUAUGAAUGGGACACCAUCUCACAACUGGAAAAUGCCGUCAUUACCAUCAAACAGGAACGACUUCUGGCAAGGUUCAUAGAAUCAAGAGACCAUCCUUCAAAGGAGCCAAAUCACGUGCUCACGGUUCCUUUACAAGGCCACCAAGCUCUCAGGUUAGGCCUUGGUAGUCGCGAUGGUAAUAUCGCUCCGGAGUUCACCUACGCAUUGAGGUACAAGCAGGAGACUGGGGCUGUUAACAUUAAGUUGAGAGCUGACGAUAUAACCAAAGAGGUAGCCCUUCAAUUCAAGAACUCAAACGACCAGGACCAGGUGCUACGUCUUUUCCAAGGUCUAGGCUUACGUCUCGAGUCAUACCGAGGGCCGCCGCGCCAACAGGUUUCUCAACAGCCGUCCUGGUCAUCAUCAAUUGCCAGCAACUCCCAAUCCAUGUCCGCGAACCAAUCAUUCGAAUUCUCACGCAGUGCCACUUUACGGCACUACAACUCUGACCGGUUGUCUUCGGUCCUACCGGAUAAGAGAGAUGCAUCUUCACGUCCGCGCAGCGUACUUGCAAAUGGUCAACGGCCUAUGACUUCUCUCGGCCAACACAAUGGAGCUAACCGUCAAUCCUCUUUCUCAUUGGGAGCCUCUCUUCCAUCCGAGAGAGCACGUACCGCAUCCACAGACCAGCGGGGAAUGACAACACACUAUAUGCCCUUUCCACAUAGGCAGUGUACACCCGCGCUUCUUUCAACAUCUGCUACCCACCUAAGGCCACCGCAAAGCUAUUCUCCGCCGCUUAUCCAACACCGGGAAAUGUAUCUUAGUCCAUCCGUCGAAAGCCUUUCAAUCGAUGAGGUUGCUCAAUCAACAUCGAGGUCCGCCUCUAAUGCCGAAUUCCGAGAUAUGCUCCCGCCUCGACGUGAGCUGCCGUUCAUUUCAGGAAAGCAGGCGGAGUCAACCGUCCCGAAGCGAUCGGGCGAGCAGUCGGAGGAUUUGAAUCCAAAGCGCAGUUCUACGAGAGCAAGUCAGGGAACGGAAUUCUACCAGCAACCGACACCACAGACCAUUUCAAAGACCGGACUGUCGGUAGAGCAAGCCGAGAAGGCACCACAAAGAAGGCUGCUCGUCAUCAAACGAAAAGACAACGACGCUGUGGAAAACUCGGUCGUAAAGAAACGGAAAUCCGAUCUACCUUCAAAACCAGUGUCUACGUCACCGAUACUAUUGCCCAUCGUCCCUUCUGCACCUUUCAAGCGAAAGCCUAUAGUUCGGCAGUCGGGCAUAUCCAGCAACCCGGACUCUCCAUCUUUCAACAGCGCCGCUCAGAAAUCUGACAAUGUUGGGAGAGGAUGCUUGGGCUCCGCUCUUACUUUCGAUACGAUAGAGUCUAGAGAGAUGGCCCACGUGAAGGAGCUUCAAAGUACGGAUGCCACGCACUUACGUGCUGCAGACAAAAUUCCAAACUUGUCCGGAAUACACGUCAACCUGGACCCGACUUCUGCGACCUUGGCGAUACAAAAUCGCAACAGUGCCUCCCUUGAAUUGAUAUCAACUAAUACAGAUCACAGCACGCAAACUUUAAGUGAUUUGUCGGAUACUUCGGCAAAGGAUGACGAUUUGUUUGUAGCUAAGCUCAAGCUGAUGUGGGAUAUCCGAAGCCUUCAAGAAGCAUGUUUUCAACGACUACUGGCCGACGCCAGAGCACAACAACCGACAAAUGAGAACGAAGUCUUUGAGGAACUGGAACAAAAUAUUAUCGAUAUAUGCCAGGUCGCAGUUGACCGCCACGGCCCAGCCAUGGCCGAUAUACCUUGUGAAAAACUCGUAACCGCCAUUAUGGAACUGGAAUAUUGAAAAAACUGCGCUGCAAGUGGUGGUGUAUUCGUUCCUGGAGGGAGGCUAUUCGACUUUGCGCGGCAUUUUGAGUCGGUUGAAAUAAGGCUUACAUUGCAAACACCGGACGUAGCUAUAUGGGACACUCAGUAUGUUGUUCAAACGGACUAGG